AUGUUGUCGGCCUUUACAGCGCGGCCCAUCAUCGAGCUGAAGCAGCGAGACAAGAGCAAGAUCGAAACAAUACUCGCCUACGGCGACCGGAUCCUCGUCGGUCUCAACAGCGGCGCACUGCGCGUCUACCGCCUCAACGAACUCCCUCCCUCCGAGCCCAACGGCUCUGCCCACACCAACCCGCCCGACGGCGACGACGAUGCGUCUCUGACGCCGCAGCCGCCGCAGCCGCCGCCAAAGCCGACCGAUCUGCUGCGCGAGGUGGAGAAGUUCUCGACGCGCGCCAUUGAGCAGCUCGCCAUCAUCAAGGAGGCCACGACCCUCGUCUCGCUGUCCAACUACUACAUCUCCCUGCACAACCUGCAGACGUACGAGCUCAUCGAGACGCUGUCGCGCACGAAGAAUGCGUCGUGCUUCGCCGUCACCUCCAACAUUGUCAAGGAUCCGGACACGGGCAUCCCCGAGAUCAUCAGCCGGCUGGCCGUGGCCGUUCGGCGGCGGCUGCUGGUGUGGAACUGGCACGAGAGCGAACUGGGCACCGACGUGGAGGAGAUUACGCUCGCCGAGUCCAUCCGGACGGUGACGUGGGUCAGCGCGACGAGGGUCGUCUGCGGCAUGAACGCGGGCUACGUCACCGUCGACGUCGUGAGCCAUGAUGUGCAGGACAUCAUCAGCCCGGGAUCCAGCGCCUCCGGGGGCCAGGCGAGCCGCUUCGGCGCUGUCAGCAGCGCCGGAAUGGGGUACAUGGGCCUGGGGGGCUACAUGCCCAAGCCGCUGGCUGCGAAACUGGCCGAGGGCGAGAUGCUGCUGGCCAAGGACAUUAAUACGCUCUUCAUCACGGACGAGGGGAAGCCGGUCGAGAAGAGACAGAUUCCGUGGCAGGCAGCGCCGGAUUCGAUUGGAUACUCGUACCCCUACAUCGUGGCGCUGCAGCCACCGGCCAAGGGGUCUCUGGAAGUCAGGAACCCGGAUACGUUGUCGCUGCUGCAGACGUUGGCUCUUCCUGGCGCUGCGCAGCUGCAUUUCCCGCCUCCGAAUCUCAGCUUGGCGCACGCCGGCAAGGGCUUCCACAUCUCGAGCGAACGGUCCGUGUGGAAGAUGGAUGCCACCGACUACGACUCGCAAAUUGACGAGCUCGUGGAGAAGGCCAAAUACGAUGAAGCUAUCAGCAUACUGAACAUGCUAGAAGACGCCUUGCUGAAGGACAAGACAGAGACGCUCCGCGAGGUCAGCAUGCUCAAGGCGGAAGCAAUGUUCAAGCAGAAGAAGUUCAGGGACUCGAUGGACCUGUUCAACGAGGACCACGUGCACGCCCCGCCGGAACGCGUGCUGAAGUUGUACCCGCCGGCGAUAUCAGGUGAACUCUCUGGCUGGGGGCAGUCCCGCCAGGACGAGGCGGAAGAAGACAAACAUGACGGGGAUGGCUCUACAAAAGACACCAACGGGGACUCGCCGAGCUCUGAAAACCCACCAGAGACGGCAGCAUCGCCGGUCAAGGCGACUGGCGGGUUCGCGAAGCUCUUCCUGGGGCAUCGCAAGGCUCCAGCGUCAGACACCGCAUCCAUCGCAUCUAAGAAGCUUGGUACGGAUGUAGAGGACGCGCCGAGCAUCAAGGGCAAGUCUUCUGACGAUUUGACACUCGAGGAGAAGGAUCUGGCAGAUGCUGUUCAUGCAUUGACUGGCUACCUCGUGGGAACCCGGACACGGCUUCAACGUGUCAUUGAUCCGACGCCCACCAUCAAAGAACCUGAUGCCAACGUCGUCAAAACGAGUAAAGAUGCGCAGCGCGAAGGCGAGCUUCAGAGGACCUUCAGGCUCGUCGACACAACCCUUUUCCGAGCUUACAUAAAAAAGGCGCCCUCAGCUGGCAGGUUCACGGAGCUUGUCGACUUUUUCUACGGCAAGAAACUGCACUCACAGGCAUUGGAGCUGCUGAAGCGAUUCGGUGCAGCGGAGAAAGCCGAUGAGGCAGCGCCGACAUUGCACGGUCCCGAGCGCACCAUUGCCUAUCUGCAGAACUUGCCUCCGCACGAGAUCGACCUGAUUAUUCACUAUUCGGAAUGGACACUGGAAAGCGACUCCCAGCAUGCGAUGGAGGUUUUCCUCGCAGACUCCGAGAACGCCGAGACGUUGCCUCGUGACCGUGUUGUCACCUUUUUGAGGAGGAUCGACGCCCAUCUCGAGCUACAAUACCUCGAGCACAUUAUUGGCGAGCUCGACGACUCGACACCUGACUUCCACAAUCGGCUGGUGGAGCUCUACAUCCAGCUGCUCCGGGAAGGCUCCAGCCAAGGCAGUCAAGACGAUCUCAUGGUGCGGUUUGUGGAGUUUUUGCGGGAAAGCAAGCAGUACAGUCUCGGCAAGGCUUACGGGCUCAUCCCUCGAGACGAUCCUCUCUUCUACGAACCACAAGCGGUUGUUCUGAGCAACAUGGGAUCACACAAACAAGCACUCCAGAUCUAUGUCUUUAAGAUGCAAGAUUAUACCAAGGCAGAGGAGUAUUGCAAUCGCGUUCAUAGAAACGACGAUUCGAACACAUCGCCGGAACGGUCGCGACCUUCGUCACCCGAGGACAAGGACGAAGACACUCCCUCCAUCUACCACACGCUACUGUCGCUCUACCUGACACCGCCGGCACCUCACAAGACGGCCCUCGAACCGGCCCUGGAUCUUCUGUCGAAGCACGGCUCGCGUCUCCCCGCCACGUCGACCAUGUCACUGAUCCCGAGUACCCUGCCUGUGAGCGAGCUCGAAUCGUACUUCCGCGGCCGUAUCCGCUCGGCCAACAGCGUGGUCAACGAGUCUCGCAUCGUCGCGGGCCUGCGGGCGACCGAGUACAUCUCCAGCCAGGCCCUUCUCUUACUGGGCGACGGCAUCCCUGGCGGACAGGGCGGUCGCAACCGGCGUGUCGUCAUCACCGACGAGCGGCUCUGCGGCGUGUGCCACAAACGUCUCGGCGGCAGCGUCGUGUCGGUGCUGCCGGACAACACGGUGGUCCACUACGGAUGCCUGAACAGGGCGACGGCGCAGAAGUCGGACGGCCAGAAGGCGGGAAGUUGGGGGCGGAUGCGCUCGUCGACGCGAGACCGGCCAAGCGUCGUCGGUAACGGUGGGGAAGGAACCUGGCAGCCGACGAGUCCCUCAACGCGGGAGCGAGAGGCGCCUCAGGGCGGCGGCGGAGGCACAUACGUGUUCUCCUGA